UCAGCCUGAAAAAAAAAAUGCUGUUUAUUCGAUUACAGAAUAACACAAUCACGAAAAAUCAAAUGCGCCCAUGUGUCACUUCGGCAAAGACUAUUUUCGCGUUUAAAGACAUCUUGUAGCCUUAUGAUACAGAAUGAAUAUUAAAGGUUUAAAGUCUGCUGUUGAUAAAUGGCCAGUUGCAGCUGUUCUAGGGGUAUCUGCCCAUGCAUUUUACAGAGUGUACCAGCAUACAUUUAAUGUGGAGAAUGAAUGUACCAAAAUGUCAUUCUAUGGAGAUCUUAAAACUCCACUGGACACUAAUACACAGGCUGCUGUUGACAAGGUCAUUGAUAAAUUUCUGUUCAUAGUCUCAUCAAAACAGCUUGCUUUGACACAAUUCUACUGGACAAAAAAACCAACAGUACACUACAUGGGUUCAUCACAGUCAAGAUUUGGCACAUUUAUAGGUUUACCUGUUCACUUCAGAUACAAACACCCAUCAGAAGUAGAUCUUUCCACUAUAGAAAGCAAGGGUCUAUCCAAAGAAGAAAACUCAGAACUGUUACAAAGACUCAGAGAGUCUCUAGUCCUCAGCGAGGAGGCCAAAAAGUUUGCCAUUUCUUCGGAAUUCUUCUCUGCGCACUCACCACAUCUGAUUGUGAAAGCAAACGGUAUAUUGAUGGCUGCUGGGGCGUAUUUUACAGUGAAACACUUAUUUCUGCAGUAUUUUGAAGCAGCUUCUCCUGCUGCAGUGUUUUCAAUAUUAAUUGGUGUUGCACUUGUUUGGACUGUAGCUCAUUUUUGGGUAAGCGGAGUUUACUACAAGAACUUGCGAGCUUCCUCAGACAGAAAAACUGCGCAGCUUGGCGAAGAUUUCUUACAAGGUGGUCUUGAGUAUUUAAAGAAAACUUUGGAGAAAAAUAAAGUGUUAAGAGAAUUAGACCCAAGUACUGCCACUUUAAUGUUUAAAUCAAAUGGUGAUGAAAUACAAGGUGUUUUGGAUAUUCGUGCAAUGUCAAUAAGUGAAAGGUUAAACCACUUACAAAAAAUAGAGGAAAAAAAACAACAAAUGAAUGACUCCAGUAAAGUAACUCUUGAAACUUCAGACUAGUGAUUAUUUUAGAUAAAACUUUACAAUUUUAAUAAAAGAUUAAAAGAGGCUGACCUCCAAAUAAUUGCAAAA